AUGCCGCGUAGGACACAUAAGAAGUCGCGCAAUGGCUGCUUAGAAUGUAAGCGGCGCCACAUAAAAUGCGACGAGAAACAACCGAUAUGCUCCAACUGUCGGUCUUCGGAACGCUCCUGUGAAUACGCGGAUCCGUUCAUACGGGCGGCCCAUUCGCGGUCAAGCAAAUCAUCAACCCCGUCACCUGCUGGCCUGGUGACGAAUGAUAUACCCUUGCGAUCGCCUGCACAUCCAUCUUCUCUAUCUGACAGUCCCCCAGUCAACAUGCUUCACGCUGAGCUGUUCUUCAACUUGGUGAACUAUACUCUCAGCAGUCUCAGCGAAGGGGAGACCGCUUGGCUUGGUGCUCCGGAAGUGAUGCGAAUGGUCGUCUCAACGCCCUAUCUCAUCAAUCAAAUGCUUGCAAUGAGUGCUUUACACUUGAGUAUAGUGCGUCCAGAAAACGGAGAGUGGUAUCGGCGCCAUGCAGCCCAUCUACAAACGCAUGCCUUGGAGAUUUACAAUCAAAGGAGACUCGAGGUGAACCAGGAGAGCAAUGUCCCACUAUUUCUUUUCUCCUGCAUUCUCGGCAUGCACACUCUGUGUGACGUCUUGGUUCACCGAGAAGAGACGAGUUUCGAUACAUUUAUAGAGCGAUUUGUGCGUUGUCUCAAACUCCAAAUUGGUAUUCGCGUCGUGAUAUCUUCAACUACAUGGCAAUCACUACGAGAGUCAAUCCUCAGGAAACCGCUUCAAGACGGAGCAAUCUUAUUCGAAUGGGAUACGAAACUUGGACCCGAGUGCGCAGGACUGUUGAGGCUCGUUGAAGGGGCUAAGCUGGGCGACUCCAUCACUUCCACCUAUCGGGGUGCGAUACAGGCGCUGCAGAUGUCUAUGAAUGCAGCUCUCAAGGCCUCGCUGAAAAAUAUCGGGGGUGUUACGGGCUGGCCUGUCAUAGUCAGCCCUGAAUAUGCCGAGCACUUGGCAAUGCAGCGGCCCGAAGCUCUGGUGAUUCUAGCUCAUUACGCCGUUAUUCUACACUGGCAUCGGCAUUUGUGGUUGUUUGGCGAUGGUGGUCGCUUUCUUAUCGAGUCCAUCAGCAGGCAUCUAGGCCCGAGCUGGGCUGAGUGGUUGGAGUGGCCGAACCGGAGCUUGAGUGAACCUAGUCGGUCAGGUGGAAUGUCGUAG